AAUUAGUAAGUUAUACUUUUUUGUUUUUCAACAAAGUAAUUUAUACAGAAAAAAAGGAAAUGAUAGAGAACGCAUAUUGCCUCGCUGUAUGCAUUCUAGAAUCACUAAAACAACAUUUAAAUCAUCUGUAAUUCCCCUAAAGCAGUGAGGGUGUAUACGUAAUUUACACCUGAAGACGGAAAGCGAGGGGUGGUGGAGAGAGAGAGAUGAUAAGAGUUGGAAUCGCGUCUCUAUGAAGCCCAUAUAUUCCAUUCAUCUCCUCUCUCUCUCUCUCUCUCCUCUCCCCUCCUCUCCUCUCCUCUCUCAAUACGAUUUGUAAGCUCGCCGGAGUAAAUCAACAACACAGAUGGCGCAGAGAACUGAAAAGGAAGAGACGGAGUUCAAGGUCCUCGAAACCUUGACGACGACAACAACCCCGACGCUCUACUCCAACAACUGCGGCGUCACAGCGUGUCCAUCAACCAACAACAUGUGCCAGAAAUGUUUCAACGCCGCCGCCGCCGGUAUAGAUCCAAAUCCGAUCGCAAAAAGAUCAGCCAGAUCCGUCAGUCUCCGGUCAACGCCAGCCAAAGCCGCGAUCCGUCCCAGGGAGACCGAUCCAGUCAAGAGAGACCAUCAUCAACAGACCGUAAACCGAUGCUCCGGUUGUCGGAAGAAAGUCGGGUUGACCGGAUUCAGAUGCCGAUGCGGCGACCUUUUCUGCGCGGAGCACUGGUACUCGGAUCGCCACGAUUGCAGCUACGACUACAAAAUCGCCGGUAGGGAGGCAAUCGCUAGGGAGAAUCCGAGUACACACAGGAAAGGAGUUUCCACGUGGACACACAGGAGAGACACCAACAAUUUUAUAUAUAUAUAGAUAUGGAUGACUUACUCUUUAAUAAAUAAUUUUGAAGUAGACAAUCUACUCUAUUAAAAUAGAGUCAUUAUUUUAUCUACCAUAAAAAGUCUAUUUUAGACCACUAACUAAAAAUUUAACAAAAUAUCAUAAAUUUAUACAUAUAAAUCUACUAAUAAUAGCAAUUCCAAUUAAUUCCAAAAGUUGUGAAUUCCAAUUAUGUUGAAAGGUUGUAACUAUUGAAAAGUUGUGACCAAUCAUAUAAGUAUUUUUUUUUUAAAUUGAAAAGUUGUGACUAUUCAUGUAAGUAUAUUUUCAAGAUAACUAUCUUUAAACUGAAAGGAUGUGACCAUUUAAAUUGAAAAGAUGUCACUAUUCAAAAAAUAUUGUAAAGAUAUCAUUUAAUAACUAUUUAUAAUCUAAAAAAUUGUGACUAUUCAUGCAUAGCUUUGAAAAACUAUAUAUAUUCCAUGUUAUUGAGUUUCUUAUUGUAAUCUUUCACAAUUAAUUAAAAUGUGUUUCUAAAGCGAGUGUUUAUAAUUAUUUAUCUGAUCUAUUACAAUAGUCAAAUGAAGAAUUGUAACUUCUCAAAUGUAAUGCUGCAACUAUUGAUGCUUGGAAAUAUUGUUGAUUAACCAUACUGAUGAUAGCAACCUUGGGUUAAAAACUAUAUUAUCUAGUGUGUAUGUAUUUUCAUUCUAUAUAUAUAGAAGUAUAGAUAGAAGUUAAAAUCUUUUAACUAAUAAACACAUAAACUUAUAUCAAUUUUAUUAAUUAUUUUUAUAUUUGUAAUAUUUUAUAAAUAUAAUUUAACUGACUUAACUUAAUUUUUCAGAGAUGCAACUGUUAAUUUAAAAAUACAGAAUUUUCAUCACCGAAAGCUGCAUCUAAUAGUUAUGAAGAUUAAUAUGAAAAGUUGUAUCUAUUGGUUUUGUGAAUCAUUCUAUCUAUAUAAUGUGUCUAUACAACACGUUUUUCCUUAAAUCCCAUUCUUUCGGAAGUCA